AUAACACACUAUUACACAAGAACUGGUAUAAGCGGUAAACCGAGCCUUAAAUCCUGCGAUUAGGACAUCCAACUGCUUAAUUUCGGGUUUUUAAGCCAGUCUUUGGUUUCCUUUGUAUGCGGAAGCUGUUUUUUAGGAAAUUUCUGAAGACCCUAGAUUUGAGCUAAAAAUUUCUGUUAGAGGAGCGACAGACUUGACAGACUUGUUAUUUUGUGUAAACGUCAUUUAGAGUCUUUCUGCAAGAGAACGUAAAAGAAAUUGGAACUCGUGUAUACACGUCUUUUUGAAUUCCUAAUUUGUUUUUAUCUUCGAUUUACACAUGGAUGGAACACCGAAUGAUAUGAUUUCCGCAGCAUCUUCUUCUGACGCUGUGGGUGGUUCUUUAAAGACCGGUUCUGUGUCGGAGAAACCUCGAAGGAUUCAACGGGCUUGCGAUCUGUGUCGGAAAAGGAAAAUCAGAUGUGACGGUAAAAUGCCAUCGUGUACGAACUGUCUAAACCACAACGUUACCUGUGUAUUUACUCCCCGUUCCAAACGAAAGGGUGGUCAACGACAACUGUACUUAAAGUCGUUGGUUUCAAGGCUCGAGCAAAUGGAAUCGGUGCUCAGAACUGCUGCUCCAUCACUUUGGAAAGUACGUUCACCGGUGGCCAUUCCUGCUAGUGAGCCUGACUUUAAUAGCAGCAUUGAUGACGAUUCAAACUUCGACGACUCUACUUCCGAGGACAUUACUUCCCUGACUGAACGCAUGGGUAUGUUGUUGACGACGCCUGUUGGAGAACAGAAGUAUUUUGGCGUUUCUUCAGCGCUCUCUAUUCUUCAACACGCAGCAGAAAGUGCAUCCUCCCUCGCCAAAAAGAAGUUGCUUGACGUUUUUACCAUCUUCAACAAGGAGUUCGUCUCCAAUGACUACUUGCCGAAGUUGUCUCAACGAGCGAAUUUCCCUCCGCAAGAUGUCGCGAAGAUUUAUAUGGAUCUCUUUUUCAGACACUAUUCCUAUAUCCCACUUUAUGACCAAAAAUCUGUUUAUGAGAUGAUCAGUAAGCCCCACUGGUGGGAGAAUCCAGAUGGCUCCAUCAAUGCUGUAUCAUAUUGCCUGUACUUUACCAUAUUAGCACUUGGUUGUUUGGCUUCCUCGGAUAAGGAUCAAUUCACUAAAGCUGACGCUUUUUUUGCUAAUGUCAUUGACAAACGAGGUGGCUUAUUAUUUUGUAAUUCUUUGGAUGCUCUGAAGCUUACCGCGCUUAUUGUAUUGUACUUUCAUUGUACAUGCCGAGUGAGUGCUGCAUGGAUCACGUUGGGGUAUGCUAUUCGUAUUUCGCAAACGUUGGGUCUUCACCGUAAUAGCUCUGUUUGGUCCAUAGGACCGGACGAUGUACAAGAGCGAGCGGUAAUUUUUUGGAACAUUUAUAUCCUUGAUCGCAUAAUGGCAAUGGUUACUGGCAAACCGUACUGCUUGCAGGAUAUAGACAUUGAUCAGGAAAUCCCUUUCUUUUCCGUCUAUGAUUGCUGCGGUUUACGCGCUGUCCAGGAAGACAAACUCUCCUCUUUUAAUUUUUAUGAAGCGGUCUUGCAACUUGCAAGAAUUAAUGGACGUAUACUCUCUGCUCUCUACUCUGCACAGGCUAUGAAAGACACUAAUGCUCAAAUCAGUGAGCGCAUUAUAGACCUUGACAAACAGCUAUGUCUUUGGAAGGUCAGACUUCCUCAGGAGUUUUGGUUGGACUAUCAUGCAACCGAAAAACCAUUUUAUUACAAAAGCUUACUCAUUCUUUCUGGUUCGUUUUACAACGCACAAGUCUUGUUGCAUCGACACAGCAUAACGAAAAACCUCACUAUCUCAUGUUCUCAUAGGCCCGAAUCCGAGGCUACUGAUUCGAAGGAAAUUUGCUUCGCUGCUGCCAGAAAGAUUGUGAAACUUCUGACGGAAAUCGCUGACGGACAUGUACCCUUACUAAAAGCACUUUUAUACCAGGGGAUGACUUCCAUAAUUGUCAUAUUCAUUGGUAUUGUUAAGAACCCUACAGCGGAAACUGUUGACAGCGACAUCGCUUGGAUCAAAAAAGUCAAAGAUGUCUACCAACUCACAAUGAAACACUUGCCAGUUAACACCCCUGUCACUGUUCUGAGGGCCCUUGAUUCUUUGUACGCUACCGCCAUUCUCGCUAAGGAAAAGGCAGCGCAAGAGGCUCAGGCGGGUUCAACCCCUUACAUGCUUUCGCAAAUAAGUACUGUUAAUGGCGGCAUGGUUGACGGAUUCGAUGCGCCUCAAGUUCCCAGAGUACCGCUGAAUGGAAGGAAGCCGGUUUUUACCGACGAUGCGAUGUCCGCUAGUCCGCCAUCAGCAAUUCCUGGUAGUCAGGAUCCUCAGGCGUUAUUGAAUGCAUUUUCAAUGAUUGGGACAAAUCCACCUACUCAAACUGAGCCAUAUAUUCCUGGUGUGCAGUAUGGAGGAUGUGAAUAUCCACCCGUGGAUUUUAAUCCGGAGACUCCUGUGCGAAAUGAUUUAUUUUCAUUUCCUUUUGAAGAGGGAAUGGAAUUGAACUUUUCUGCAGCGAACGUUUUCAGUCCUACCAUUAUUGAAAAUGAAUUUUAUAACGAACCUGUAUAUGAAGUCUGCCCGGGGGAAAACUACAUGUCAUAAUCUUUGUUGCUCAACAAAGUGGGUCCAUUAAUCUUGUUGUUUAUGCUUUAAUUUUGUUUAACGUUUUUAUUAGAUACAAUCUGGAAUAGGUUUGAUUGAAUUGGUCUUGUUUAUACAUCGUCUAUCUAUGAACUAAAUCGGUGAGUGCGAAGAGCUGACGCCUCUCCAUGAGGCUGGAGUUGUUGGAUUUUGAGAUGCUUGGCAUGGUAUACGGCGUUGGCCGUAAAUUUAGAAAGCCACUCUUCGGCUUCUUUGGUUGUUGCGUGGUCUUCACCAAGCUCUUCUUUGUAAAUAUCGUAAGCAAUCCGAAUGGCCUUCAGGGCAUUACGGCUUUCAUCGUUAAAAGCCAUGGAUUGUGCAAGCUGGAAAUACAAUGAGGCAGUAUUCAGAGUGUUACCGAAGAAUUUCUUCGACAAAUCAACUGAUGCUUGAAACCAUUUUUGACUGUCGACGAAGUUGUUCAUUCUCUGUACCAUCACAGCAACGUUGUUGAACGAGGUAAUCAUAUCGGGGUGUUCCGGUCCAAAUAUGCAGCGCCAGAGUUUCAAAGCGUGAACACAGAAAGCUAAGGCAAUUGCAAUGUUUCCGGACGAGAACUCGUACAGCGACAAGUUCAUAUAGCCAAGAAUAGUUUCAGCCGAAUCGAAACCAAGCACCCUUUCACAGACAAGAACUGCUUUUCUAGCAAGGUUGAGAGCCUGCUCUUUAUCCUCCAAUUGAUAGAACAAUAAAGCAACUUGACAAUACGCCCUUGCAACCUCUGCGUGCAGAAUUCCGUAUAU